GCGGCCCGUAGUUUCCUUGGCAACCGGCAGGAAGCGUCGCCAGGCGCGGGGCUCGCCUGGCAGGCCAGGGGGUGUCGGUGCGGCCGGGCGGUAGCGCUGGGUCGGGUCGGGCCCCGCCCGGCGUGGCCGGGCAGCGGCACAGCCUCGCAGCGAGCCCCGGGGCACUGCGCGCUGCCGCUCCCGAGAGGCCCGUGCGAAGAGGGGUUACCCUUAGGGCCACCUUAAAGAGACGCGUGCGCGUCCCGCCUCGUCGUCUCGCUGGGUCUCCUGAUGUCCCAUGGUGUUUCCCUAGCGACGCUGCGGGGGGGCUGACACUUACUUGCCAGGGUUAGGGAGCAACCUCACCUUUAAAGGCCUGCUUACUUUCAUCCCGCCGUUCCUAGCUGACUUCCAGAAACCAAACUCUAGGCCACACUUUUCCUCCUUUGAAAGACGUCUUCUAAUGGAAGUAAUGUUCCAAGAAUGUCAUCAGGCAUCCAAAUAAAACCAAAGACUGCAGUACAGAAAAGCAAGACAUCUCCUCUGCCAUGUUCUCCAAAACCUGCAAUUAAACCACAACCAAAGCCUAGCGACAAGCUGAAUCCUAAAACUAUUAAUCCGUUUGGUGCUCAUUCUCGACCACCUUCUGCAUUUGCUGCCAUAUACGCUAAAGGUGGCAUUCCAUGCAGGUUAGUGCAUGGCUCAGUAAAGCACAGACUGCAAUGGGAAUGCCUUCCUGAAACUGUUCCCUUUGACCCUCUUCUUAUAACAUUGGCAGAGGGUCUAAAAGAGACAAAACAUCCCUAUACUUUUGUUUCAAAAGAGGGUUUUAAAGAAUUACUUAUGGUUGAAGGUGCUACUGAAAAAGCAAUUCCCUUGUUGCCUCGUCUAAUUCCAGCAUUGAAAGCUGCAUUGGCCCAUUCAGAUGAUGAAGUAUUUGGAAGGGGAUUGGAUGCUUUAGUUCAACUUAGUGCUGUUGUUGGCCCACCUCUUAAUGAUCAUCUUAAGCAUCUACUCACAAAUCUUUCGAGGAGAUUAAUGGACAAGAAAUUUAGAGAAAAAACUACUGUUGCUUUACAAAAGUUGGAGCAAUAUGGUGGAAAGGCAGCUGUGGCUAUCAUAAAAUCUAAAAUUCCAACCUAUUGUCCUAUCUCCUCUUGAAGAAGAAAUCUACAGUGAUUUGUACUGUAAGAUGAAGUUUGGAAAGAAACUGCCUGUGAACAUCUCCAACACCUAUUUGGAGUAUGACAUAUUCUCUUAAAAUAAUCACAAUUCCUAAGUAUGAGGGAGAGUGGGAAAAGCCCUAUCAGUUUGUGAAUAUGGAAUUAUGGAAGAUUGUUUAACAUAACUCUGUAUAUUGGCUGCUAUUUGCAUAUGCAUUGUGCUUACAGUGACAUUGACUAACUGGCUAUUAUUUCAAAAACACAGUAAAUAUUGAUUCUUA